AUGGUGUCUUUGAAUAUUCUCAGAGCCUUGACUUGUCUUAACUCGGCACAGAGCAUCCUACCCCUUUCGCCUCCGCACUCGCCUAGCUCCCCGAAGCUCACCGGCGAUCCCUGCAUCCAAAUUGAUGGGGUCUGGAAAAUCACGGAGGACUGUGUUGAUCCUUUGUACUCCCAGCCAAUAAUCGACAACGAGACCCACGAGACACUACCACUACCUCACCUCAGAAUCACCGGUCAUUUCGAAGGGACCACCGUUGACUUCAACAUCUACCUCCCCGAGAAUGGCUGGAAGGGUCGCUUCUUCCAGCUGGUCUUCCCACUACAGAACUCAACUGCAUCCGAUCGGGAGAUUGGAUUCGGUGCUGAAAGCGGAGGGUAUACCGUUCGUGCUUCCGGUCAACCAACGUAUCGUGGUGAUGCAGCUGCAGCUAAGGUUGGCAUGAUGAUUGCACGCGAGUACUACAAGCCCAAGACCAACAAGAUCCAUGGGUAUAUCUACGGAGGUAGCGGUGGAUCUCUUGUCACCGUUGGAGCGAUGGAGAAUACGAUUGGUAUAUGGUCUGGUGCUCUGACACUUGUCCAAGCUGUACCAGUUUCCAUCAACAAUUGGUCUAUCCGUGCUCUCGCAGGUCUGGUUCUUGAGAACAAGAGUGUCGAGAUCGAGGAUGCGCUUAGGCCUGGUGGUAGUGGGGACGUCUACUCAAGCUUGAGUCCCACUGAGAGAACCGCUUUUGAAGAGGCCACGGCCCUUGGUGUGCCUAUCAAAGGGUGGGAAAGCUUCUACGAAACUGGGGCCUCUGAGCCACUUUGGGAAUCUCUCAGAACCGUAUCUGGAGCAGCUGUGACGAGAAUGGAUCCUACCUAUGUGGAAGACUUCUGGAACAAUCCGGGAUACUUGGGAAUAGAAAGCUCCAAGCUUGGUGAUAUAUUUCGCAAGGAGAUGCUUGACUUCGAGACCCUGAUUACUUCUAUCAAGUGUGACGCCAACAACGUCCCUGUUGAGCUCACCCUCGACAAGGCACCCAAAUCAGGGAGAACUUACUGGCUGGAUAUUACUCUUCUCUCUAAGGACGGCAAAGCACUCGGCAAGAUCACUGGCAAAGGUCACGAUAACAGUAACGACAAGACAGUCACCCUUCACCAUAACAAUGACCCUACCGUCUUUUCAAUUCUCCAAGAAGGUACUCAACUUCACAUAAGCAACCGCAUGUUUCUCGCGAUGCACGCACUCCAUCGUUACUCAGUCCCCAAACGUGGGGGCUUUUACGGAUACGAUUAUCUGCGUGAUUCGGAAGGUAACCCCAUCUAUCCUCAGCGCCCCAUCCUAGUUGCGGAGCAGAUAGCAAGAUCUGCCAGUGGUGGCGCUACGCUUUCGGGCAAGUUCAACGGCAAGAUGAUCGUCAUGGAUAAUCUGAUGGACGUUGACGCGUUCCCGUGGCAUGCAGAUUGGUACAAGCACCAAGUCGGAAAGGUAUAUGGAGAUCAUACAGACGAUAAGUUUCGUCUUCAUUAUAGUCAGAAUGCGGAUCAUCAGAUGGGUCUUAUUGUAGGUUCCAAAAGCUCCAGAUUUGUGGACUUUACAGGCCUUUAUGAGCAGCAUCUGCGAGACUUGAGUAUCUGGUGCGAAACCGGGGUAUACCCAAGCACUCCAACUAAUUACACCAUCAGCAACUCUCAGGUGCGAUUACCUGCUACAGCUCCAGAGAGAAAAGGUAUCCAGCCUGUUGUAGAUCUCACCAUCAAUGGUGGCAAACGAGCUGAGGUCAAAACAGGCAGUAUGGUCACUUUCAAAGUCCGCGUUGAAGUUCCUCCCGGCGCAGGAAAAGUUGUUUCCUUGGAGUGGGAUUUCGAAGGGACGGGUCACUUUGUUAAGAAGAUAUUCAGAGAGGUUGCACGAUCUGUUGAGACAACAGGUUGUUAUACUUACAGCCAAGCCGGGACUUUCUUUCCUACAGUGAGGACUGCUUCGUACAGGGAGGAGGAGGUAGAUUCGCCCUAUUCUUUGGCCUUAAACCUUGGACGGGUACAGGUCGUCGUCAUUUAG